AGACUGUACAUUAAGCAAGUUCGGGUGAAGUAGUGUGCCAAGAAUCAGCUUAGAAUUUGAAAUGCACAUCAUGAUAUCCUGUGAAAAGCUAAGUUUUGAAAGGAUAUUAAGAUAUAGUGAAAAUCACAGAAAACAUUUUUCUUGGGAAAGGUAACAGAUAGUAUAUAUAAUAAGAGCACUGAGUGAGGUAGUACAGCCAUAUUUACAGAGAAACGAAGAACCCUUGCAAAAUAAGAUUUACAGAGAACCUAUCAGAUCUAUCAGGGAAUUUGUCUCCUCUAUUCUCCAAAAGUAAAACAUCAAAAUACUGUUCAUCUUAAUUUCUGUGUUGAGGUCUGCUUGCCUUAAAAAAUUCUUGCCGUCCUCUCUUUCCAGACUGACCACUAUAUAUGGCAUGCUGACACCAUUUUCCAUCACCCCUUCAGCUUCACUAUUGCCCCAUUGUAGUUCCAUGAAUGUAACAACUCAGCAAUAGUCACUGGCAUAACCCAACUAAAGCCCACCAUGCUUAUGAGCAGCUGCCACAGUUGAGCAGUAAUUGGACAGUGAAGGAACAAAUGGAUAUUUGAUUCCACAGUUGAAGCACACAAAGAGCAUAGUUGAAACCGCCUUUUUAAAAGAUUUUCUUGAGUUAGGUGUGCUUGUCUUGCCAAUAACCAAGUGAAACAGACCAAUUUGAAAGGGGCCUUGGAUUUCCAAAUUGACCUUCAUGGUCAGUUCCCUAUCUCCUAGCCAGUAUUAGAGAGGGAGAAGUAAGCUGAUUUGUAGUUUGCCAAAUAUCGUGACUAGUUCAUUCAUAGAGAUAGAGUGGUAGCUUCAUCGUUUUAAUUUCAUCUUCCCUGUACUGCACAAAUAAUGGAGGGAUACAAAUCACUGAAAAUCAUUCAAAAAUCCCCAAAUUCUCUGGUUUAUUACUUGUACCUCAACCGAUCCAGACGCUUCAACGCUCUCUCACAUGACUUCUUCACUGAAUUCCCCAAAGCCAUCUCCUCACUCGAUCAAAACCCCAAUGUCGCCGUCAUCAUCCUUGCUGGUUCCGGCGUCGACUUCCAAACCCUAGCCGAUGUCUUCAAAGAAACCCACGCCGCCGAUUGCGCCCGCAACGUCGAGAGGCUUCGGCGGCAUAUCAAGUUCAUGCAUGAGGCUAUUACUGCCCUAGAGUGUUGCCGUAAACCCGUGAUUGCCGCUGUCCAUGGCGCAUGUAUCGGUGGUGCGAUUGAUCUAAUUACUGCCUGUGAUAUUAGGUAUUGUUCUUCUGAUGCUUUUUUCUCCAUCAAAGAGGUGGAUUUAGCUAUGACAGCUGAUCUCGGGAUACUUCAGAGGCUACCCAGUAUUGUUGGUUCUGGAAAUGCCAUGGAGUUGGCUUUAACUGGUCGGAGGUUUACAGGUUCUGAAGCUAAAGAUUUGUGCUUGGUGUCUAAGGUUUUUACUUCUAAAGAAGCUUUGGAGGAAGGUGUCAAAGUUGUUGCUGAUGAAAUAGCUACAAAGUCUCCACUUGCUGUUAUUGGAACAAAAGCUGUGUUGCUGAGAAGUAGGGAUUUGACAGUGGAACAAGGCCUGGAUUAUGUUGCCACAUGGAAUUCUGGUGCCCUGUUAUCAGAUGACUUAAAAGAAGCAAUUUCAGCACAUAGCCAAAAGAGGAAGCCUAAAUUUGCCAAACUGUAGUUUGGUAAAUGAUGGAAUUUGAAAUGGUGCGCAAAUAAGACCAUCUGUUGGUCGAGUGACGAGACUGAGAAGACACGGAAUGAUGCAUAAGUGUCUGUCUGGCUUUAUGAAAAGCUUUACGUAGAACCUCUAUUAUGCGCAAGGUCGAUUUGGAUAUUUCUGUCUUGUGAAAUUGUACUAGUUGGUUAGUCUGAGAAAUGAUAUCAUAUGGAAAAAUCACCCACGUGUUUUUACAUGCUGCCUACAUCAUACUAAUGUUGCAGCAUAUGUAUUGUCAUUAUAUGACUUAAUUCACAUCAAACUUAUGUAAACUGACAUCUCAACAACACCAAUGUCCAGCUUUAAAUAACGAUCAAAUGCACUUGCCUAGUGUGGCAAGAAGUCUUAUGUGGUUUACAAGAGAAUUGUCCUUUCUUCUUUUGUCAAUGCUGUUAACAUUUGGUCCGUCUAUGGAUUAUGCUUGUUUUCUAAUAAUAAGUUAUGUGAUUGUUGUUUCCA